GUUUCCGGUUUCGCGCUCCGGAAGUGACGCGAGCGGGCCGCGCCGCCCCGCCGAGUGCGGAGCCCGGGGCGCGAUGAGUCGUGUGUUGUGUGCGCCGGCAAGCCGGGCCGUCCCGGCGCUGAGGUUCGUGCGCUGGGCCUCCCGCCCCCUGCAGCGGCCGCCCGGCGUCCGGGCUCAGGGCCAGCCCGCGGCCGCGGCCGAGGAAGAGGACGACCCUAACCGCCCCAUUCGCUUUUCCUCCAGCAAAGCCACCCCGUCCCGCUGGACGGUGCAGCAGUCCCUGGGAGGGGAGCAGCAGCGGCCCUGGUGGAGGGUGCUGCCCUUCAGCCUCGCGCUCAUGGCUCUGGUCGCCUGGUGCUACUUCAGGCAGGAGACCAGCGCUGACCGGUGGCUGAAACAGGUGUUGGGCGAAGAGGAGCCGGAGCCCGACGAGGGUUCUCAGGAGCCUGGAGCUCCGGCCGCCCACCAGGCGAAAACUUAACGGGGUGCUGGCGGGGACUUGCAGCGAGGGGACAGGCGGCCGCCCUUAGGCUUUUGACGUCGCGUUUGACCGUUUCUGCCUCGGUUAUGCGCAUCCCCAGAGGGAAGGACUUGGCGCAGCUGGCCCCAGACCCGCGCGAAGGCAGAGCAGAAUGUCCGCAGAUCGGAACCGGCUCUUUGCCUCAUACUUGAUGCCCAACGAACACGUCCAAAAGGCGUUUCAUCUUCCGACCCGCGGAAAAAGUUUUGGCUGCACUAUGUGCUGUUGGAUUUGUCAUGUGUCUUGCUGCAGCACGAUCGUGUUUGCAAAGCAAUUCUGGUGACACUUGCAAUCCAGUGUGACCCAGUCUGCAGGUCGUUUGCUUUCUGUGACAGUAACUGGGAGAAGAGUUCACCUUUUUGUGUUGUAAUGUGCUGUGUGUAAAUAGACGUUAGUUUUACUAACUAACGGACAAUAAAGUUUAAUUCGGCAAUGUGGAAUUAA